ACACACAAAUGCUGUACACAUCGAGACUAAUUAUACUCUAACAUGGGAAAUUGCUGCUCACAUGGCAGUGUUAUCCCGAAAGAGCAUAGACAACACCAAAGUAACAGAGGUGUUGAUAGGAAAGGGGAUGAUGAUGCUAUAUCUCCUAGUAAAUUACAUCACAUACCGAAAAUAUGCGAUGCAUUCGUUUGUCGUUUAGGACGCUUAGUCAAGAUUAUCAAUCUACCAUCUAAUAAAACAAAUAAUGACAUAGAAUCGGAUCAUAAAGGCCAAUCAUUAGAGAACAAUGAUUGGGAAGCAGAACAAUUGAAUAGUUGUGUUGACCAUGAGUCUCUAACAGAGGAAUCUAAUGACAGUAUAUACGAAAACAAUAGGAUCCAUGUAAACCCUGGACUACGAGAUAUGAUGUUAACCAGAGACCUUUGGCGAUCUAGGAUAGUCACAUGGACAAAUAUAACAGAGAAUUAUAGUGUCAUAUCGGAUGCAAUUGGUGUUGGAGUGGGUGGGUCAGUGCAUCAAGCUGUUGAUAAAAAGUCACACCGAACAUUUGCAUUAAAAACACUCAAGACAGAUUUUAAAUUCAGGAAAAGAUUGAUCAGUACAUAUAAUGAAAUCGCAAUAUACACGCAACUAGACCACCCAAAUAUAGCAUUCUUACACGAAGUAUAUGAAGAACCGGGGUCGUGCCAUCUACUCAUGGAGCAUUGCAAUGGUGGAGAAUUAUACGAUCGACUGGAAAAGUAUAAACGAUUUGCCGAAGGAUAUGCUAAAUCAGUAACCGUACAGAUGUUGUUGGCCAUUAACUACCUGCAUAACAACGGCAUAUGCCACAGAGACCUAAAGUUGGAAAACUGGGUUUUUGCCACGCAAGACAUGGGAGCAUUACUAAAAAUGAUUGAUUUUGGAUUCUCAAGACUCUAUGAAGAUGGAGUGCCAAUGGCAGGAACACAUGGGACUGUUUAUUAUGUAGAUCCAGAAGUAAUAGAUGGCUCCUAUAGCGAAAAGUGUGAUGUAUGGAGUACAGGUGUUAUCGUUUAUAUGUUGCUUUCAGGAUCACCACCGUUCAAUGGAGAAGGUGACAAGGAAAUAUUAUGGAAGAUAAAGAAAGGACAACUCCGAUUUGAAGGGGUCAGAUGGGUGAAAAUAACAGAUGAAGCAAAAGAUUUCAUAACAUACCUGCUAAACAGAGACAGUUCAAAACGUGCUUCUGCUAUAGAAGCGCUGAAACAUCCGUGGCUAAAUGAAGAGUUGCAGAGAUUCGAUGAUACGGUCCUGACAAAAGAGAUCGUUGACCAUAUAAUUGAGUUCAGUAACAAACCAGCAUUCUACAGAGCGUUGCUGGCAUUAUGUGUCAUGGAGACUGAUAGGAAAAUACACCCUAACGCAUAUCGACUCUUCUUUGCCAUAAAUAAGUCACUCAGUGGCACCAUUUCACUAGAGGAGUUUGCCGAAGCAGUGCGACGGUUCAGGACUAUCGAUGACGAAGACAUAGACAGAAUAUUUGACACUAUCGCUUUCAGAGGAACACCUACCAUGCAUUAUACUGAAUUUGUCACCUCAGUAUACGGAUAUUAUUCGGAUAUAGAUUUACAAGCGGUAACAAGGAUAUACCACAAAAUGGAAUCCUUGGGAAAUGGACGUUUCGAUGUUACAGCUUUAAGAGCCUGUAUGGGAAAGGAAUUUAACUCUGUGCCAAUAGAAACAAUGAUUGCAGAAGUAGAUAUCAACAAUAAUGGCGUUAUAGAACUUGCGGAACUACAAAAGUGCCUUUUAAGCGUACAUUAGUGUGUACGCACGGUGCGCCAUGAAAGGGUCAUGUUUACCCAAAGAAUUAUGU